AGAACAUAAAUAACAUUGGGCCCUUGGGAGAAAGUUUGGAGAGAAGUUCAGAUUUAGGCCCAACAAGUCUGGACUUACAAACCCAUGAAACAGCAAGCAAGCCCGUGUGUCAAACCACGGAUGGUUGAGGAAUAAUACAGUAGAUAAGAUAAUGCCUUCCAGAAAGAGGCUCAUAAUUCAGCAACUCACCCACGCCCUUUUUUUUACGCUUUUCGCCGACCUAUCCAGAACAGAGACCAAUUCCAAAGCCAUGUCCAUCUCUUCUUCAAUAUUUGGUUCUCCUCUGCUUUUGCCUCCCAAACCAUCUCUGUCGUCUUCAUCUGGUAUCGCUAAGACUGCCCAAACGACUACCGGUGGGACUGGUUUUGGGUUGCUGAUAGAGUGCUCGUCAAGACCACAGAAGAAGGCGACUGCACAUCACAUGAAGACAAGGCCACGGAAGAGUCAGCCAUGGGAUAUAAGACGCAAACCCACUGUGUAUCCCCCUCUUCCCCCUCUUCCUUCUGAGUGGACUCUCGUUUCUUCUGGUGGUGAUGAUGUCGGCGUUGGGGGUGCUGAUGCUGCUAGUGAGAGUGCUGGGCCUUCAAUUUCUACUAUACAGGCCUCACUUUGAAGUGGGUAGCUUGUUGUAUGUUGUGCUAUCAUGUGCCUUGUAUUUCUUUGAGAUAUUGUUGUUGGCUCUCUCCUUUUGUAUGUUGGUUGUUUCGUUUUUCAAUGAAGAUUGCUGGUGAAUUGAAAUUGCCGCUUGACUGUAGGGUUCGCCCACCACCUGUUUGUUGUUUAUUCUCAGUGAAGAGUGGGACUUUCAGCAGUUGAUGUUAAAA